AACCAAGAGAGCUGCAGAUGGUCGAUCUCAAAACUUGCAAUGUAGUGCCGGCACUGUAUUCUCAACGUUGGAUGCGGUGGUGACUUCAUCGAUGGCCUCUUCCAACUCAAAUGCAGUUUCCAAUACUCUAAAGCAGGCCACAACAGAAAUAACACAUGCACUUCCUCUUACAAACUUCAACUUGACGUUGGCUCUUGCAGAUUUGGAUCCUGCCACUGCAAAGCUAGCAAUUGGGUUUUUAGGUCCCUUUCUGUCAGUGUUUGGAUUUCUGUUUAUCUUGAGAAUAGUCAUGUCCUGGUAUCCCAAGCUUCCUGUGGGAAAGUUCCCAUAUGUUAUAGCUUAUGCUCCCACAGAACCACUUCUUGUUCAGACCCGCAAAGUGAUCCCUCCGCUCGCUGGUGUGGACGUGACUCCAGUGGUUUGGUUUGGUUUACUCAGUUUUUUAAUGAGAUAUUGGUGGGACCUCAAGGGCUGCUUGUUCUUCUUUCUCAGCAAGUCAAUUAGAUUACAUAUGUGGGAUUUGGGUGCAUGA